UUCUCAAUCAAUUUUGGUUCCGUCGUUGUUUGCGUCUCGCGUUUUCGAGUCGUGCUCUCCAUCGCUUAUACACUGCGCUGUCGUUUUGAGCUAGCGUUCUCGGUUCUCAAAGUCAACUGGUUUGUUUCUUAACCCUCGCUAAAACCCUUUCCAAAACCUCUACUGGGAAGAAUAUCUACGGUACCAUCUUUCUGCAAAUUUUCCAUCCAUUUACAUCCUUUACCCGUCCAGCCAUCCGUCCUUCCUAUAUAUGCCAACAAUCAGGAGAGCGGUUAUAAUCGGCAACGGUAUUGCCGGCGCGGAGAACCAAUGCCUCGGUUUGGUUCGAGCCUUGGGGCUCUCUCACACUCUCUACCGUGUUACUAGACCCAGGGGAGGAAUUAAUGAUUGGCUUCGCUGGUUGCCAGUUUCCUUUCAUAAAAACCUUCAUAAUGUCGUGAAGAGAUUUCGUGUUACAGGAUUUUCGGGUAUUGCAGAAGCUAAAGCACAUUAUAUUGCGAAACUGGCGCGGGAAACGUUGGACAAGGAUGGCCCUACAUUGGUGGUUGCAUCAGGGCGGGAUACUAUUUCUGUUGUUAGUUCUAUAAAACGAUUAGCUCCGGAAAAUGUUUUUGUUGUUCAGAUUCAACAUCCCCGAUCAAAACUAAAUAGGUUCGAUCUAGUGGUCACGCCUCGUCAUGAUUAUUAUCCCUUGGCACCUGAGGGACAGCAACAGAUUCCCUGGUUUCUUCGAGGUUGGAUAACUCCUCGUGAACCUCCUGACCAAAAAGUUGUACUUACCAUAGGCGCUCUGCAUCAGGUUGAUUCUAUUGCACUGCACAGAGCUGCGUCUCUCUGGCAUGAUGAGUUGUCUCCACUGCCUAAACCAUUGGUUGUUGUCAACAUUGGGGGGCCUACUGGCCAUUGUGGAUAUGGGGUAGAUCUUGCUAAGCAGCUAAUUUCGUUGUUGCUGAAUGUUCUCUCAACUUGUGGCAGCCUAAGAGUGUCUUUUUCUCGUAGAACUCCAAAGAAGGUAUCAGACAUCCUCGUCAGGGAACUUGGAAGUCAUCCUAAAGUUUACAUUUGGAAUGGUCAAGAUCCAAAUCCACAUAUGGGACAUUUAGCUUGGGGUGAUGCGUUUGUCGUUACAGCUGAUUCAGUUAGUAUGUUGAGCGAGGCUUGCAGCACAGGGAAGCCUGUUUAUGUUAUUGGGACGGAGCAGUGCAAGUGGAAGUUUGCAGACUUUCACAAAUCUCUGCGAGAUCGGGGAGCUGUUCGACCAUUUACUGGUGAAGAAGAUAUGUCCGAAAGAUGGAAGUACGUUCCACUUAAUGAUACUGAGGAGGCAGCUGCUCAAGUGAUAACAGCACUGGCUCAGCGUGGGUGGAGGUUGUAGGCGCUGUGAGUGUGUGGUGAGUGAAGUCGCCUCGAUUACUUUUCCCCUCUAUGAUUUGCGUCUGUUGCGAGUAGUUCGCUUUUUUUUGCCCUUUUCUUCCCCCUUUAGCUAUCUGAAUAGGGCAGGCGUGCUUCCAGGUCCUGACAUCGAUUAUUAUCAGCUUUCGUUUCUAUUCCUAUUAUAAUGUUCAACACUCUCUAU